AUGCCUGCUCCAAAGACUCAUCCUGCUAUCGUCGACGGCUGGUUCAGAGAAAUCAACUCGCAAUGGCCAGGUCAAGCUAUGACUCUCAAGGUCAAACAGAUUCUGCACCAUGAGCAGUCUCUUUUCCAGGAUGUUCUCGUCUUCGAGUCUGAGACAUAUGGAAAUGUUUUGGUCCUCGAUAACGUCAUCCAGUGUACGGAGCGUGACGAAUUCUCAUAUCAAGAAAUGAUCGCCCAUCUGCCCAUGAACUGCCACCCGAAUCCGAAGAAUGUUCUAGUCAUUGGUGGAGGUGAUGGAGGUGUCAUCCGGGAGGUCUUGAAGCACAAGAGUGUGGAGAAGGUCACUCUGUGCGACAUUGACGAGGCUGUGAUUCGGGUGUCGAAGGAGUACCUCCCCCACAUGUCAUCCUGCUACAAAGACCCCAAAGUCGAGGUUUUCAUCGGAGAUGGCUUCAAGUUCCUCCCUGAGCACAAGAAUGAGUACGACGUCAUCAUCACCGAUUCCUCAGACCCUGUCGGACCCGCCGAAGCUCUUUUCCAGCCCAAAUACUUCCAGCUGCUCAAGGACUCUCUCAAGGAGGACGGACACAUCUCCACUCAGGCUGAGUGUAUCUGGAUGCACUUGCCUUUGAUCAAGAACCUCAAGGAAACUUGCAAGAAGACCUUUGCCGUAUCCGAGUACGCCUUCACCACCAUUCCCACCUACCCCGCUGGACAGAUUGGUAUCAUGGUCUGCUCCAAAGCUGAAGGUCGCGAUGUGAAGACCCCUCUCCGACCUAUUCCAAACACUCGAUACUACAACGCCGAUGUGCACAGAGGAUCUUUCCUUGCUCUUCCUGAAUUCGGCCGAGCCAUGCUCGAAGACGGACAGAACCUCCUUCCUAAACUCACUCCUCAUCCUGAACCCCAGACCUCAAAGAAGAAGGUCCUGAUUCUCGGAUCUGGAAUGGUUGCUGGACCCGCCGCGGACUACAUCUCAGCGCACAACCAUGAACUCACCAUUGCCUGCCGUACUUAUGCCACUGCCGAGAAGCUCUGCGCCAACAUCAAAAAUGCCACGCCAAUGUCUGUCGAUGUGUCGUCCGCCGACGCACUUAGACAGGCUAUCAAAGGCCACGAUGUCGUCGUCAGCUUGGUCCCAUACACUUACCACGCUUCGGUCAUGGAGGCCGCCUUGGCCGAAAAGUGCAACGUCGUCACGACCUCCUACGUCAACCGUGCCAUGAAGGCUUUAGAUCAGCAGUUCAAGGAUGCUGGACUGAUCUGCUUCAACGAAAUUGGCGUUGACCCCGGUGUCGACCACUUGUACGCCAUCAAGACCAUUGACGAAGUUCACAAAGCUGGAGGAAAGAUCAAGAGCUUCCUCAGCUACUGUGGUGGUCUUCCCGAACCCAGAGCUUCUAACAAUGCCCUCGGGUACAAAUUCUCCUGGUCUCCCGUCGGAGUGCUCAUGGCUUUGAACAAUGACGGCAAGUACCUCAAGGAUGGACAGAUUGCCGAAGUUGCCGGAAAGGAUCUCAUGGCCUCCGCCAAGCCAUACUACUUCAGCCCUGCUUACAACCUCGUUUGCUACCCCAAUCGAGACUCUACUCCCUUCAGAGAGUUCUACAACAUUCCCGAGGUUCAGAAUCUUGUCCGAGGUACGAUGAGAUUCGGUGGAUUCUGCGAGGUCGUCAUGGCGUGGAAGGAGAUGGGCUUCCUCGACGACACUCCGGAUCAGACCCUUGCUCGGGAGUCCAAGCCGAUCAAGUGGAUCGAGGUGACUGCCAAGCUCCUCGGUGUCGAGCCGAUUGAAGAAGCCGUUGUUGCCAAGAUGGAGUCACUACAGACCGUGCCACCUGAGCAACUCGCCAUUGUCAUCUCCAAGUGCCGCGAUCUUGGACUGUUCUCUGACGAGCCAAUCUCACCUCGAGGGUCCAUCAUGCGAACUCUGUCUGCUCUCCUCGAGGAGAAAUGUCAAUUCCAACCUGGCGAGGUCGACAUCGUCCUGCUCCAACAUACAUUUGAGAUCGAAUGGGCAGACGGCAAGACCGAGACUAGGACUUCGACCCUGGAGGCUUACGGAGAGGUCAACGGAUACUCGGCAAUGGCCAAGUUGGUCGGUGUACCUUGCGGUAUGGCUGUCCAAUUCCUACUCGAGGGCAAGCUCAACAGCCCUGGUGUUCACCAGCCAUACGACGAGCCUACCUGCGCCAUGUUUAGAGAACGCUUGGAGAAGGAGGAGGGCAUCGUCCUCGUCGAAAAGGUUGUAUCAGCCGGCGCCGGUCAGAAGAAGAGGUCCCGAGAGUAG